AUGCCCAUCCUCACCAGCUCCAGGCCAGGAUCUGAGAGCGCAACCCUGCACUCUCAGGCAGGAGACUUCGUGGGCAGGGGCACGCAGAGCGCUGAGGCCGUCGCCGAGCCCGUGGCAUCCCCGGGCAGCCCCUGCAGCCUCCUGGUCUGGCUUCUGCUCCUUCAGCGCUGGCUCAGGGAGGCCCCAGCGGGUGGGUCAGCGACGUCCUCGCCCACUUCACCCCUCUCGGGAGGCGGCCUCGAGGACCCCACGGCGGACCAGCCAAACCCUGGAGGGGGCUCAGGGAGCCCCUGGGAACCCCAGGUCCCCUGGGGCUCCGGGAGCCCCCAAGUUGGUGGAGUUUGGAGACGUGCCUCGUCUGUGGGUCCAUGGCCUGCAGACUUGGAAGCGCUGCCCUGGAGCCUAGGAGGACAUGGCCUUCUCGGCUGUCCAAGGGGCUCCAGGGAGACAGGGCCUGUUUCUUUGAGGUUCUCCUUGCUACCUGUCCUCACCCCAUCGUGUGGCCAAGUGUUCCUGAAAAUCGUGGGAGGAAAUCAGAGUGAAGAAGGGAAGUGGCCCUGGCAGGUGAGCCUGAGGGUCAGUGGCAGCGUGUGCGGAGGUUCCCUCAUCUCAGCUCAGUGGCUGCUGACUGCAGCCCACUGUAUUUUAAGCUGUUACCGCUGCAGUGUCAUGAUGGGAGAUCGGAGUGUCUGUGGUGAAAUCUCAGGGUUGGUGGUUCCUAUCAGCCGAGUCGUUGUUCACCCUCAGUUCUCAACACGUGGAACUGUUAAAUAUGACCUUGCUCUUCUCUGGCUCUUCUACCCUGUAAAUUUCACUGGGGUCAUCCAGCCUAUAUGCAUCCCUGAGAAGCCUUUCCAGGUGGAAGCUGGGACCAGGUGCUGGGUGACUGGAUGGGGCAAGCAGCAAGAAUUCAGUGGCCCAUUUGUCUCAGUCUUUCUCUGGGACAUGGACCAAUAUAUCAUCUACUAUGAAGAAUGUAAUGGGAUGAUCCAGAAGGCCAUGCCAGCAGAUAAGGAUGUAGUACUGGAAGGAAUGCUGUGUGGCUAUAAUAGUAUAGGAAACGAUUCUCGUCAGUUAAGUUCAUGGGGAGAUUCUGGAGGUCCCCUGGUCUGUCAGUUUACUGACUCAUGGGUUCAGGUGGGGAUUGUGAGCUGGGGUGUUCACUGUGGUCACAUAGAAUUGCCUGCAGUUUAUAUAGAAGUUAAUUACUACAAAGACUGGGUCAUUGAUCACAUCAUUAAGGUGUCCUCUUGUGGCUCAGCAGGGUUCUUUAUCCUAACGCUGUGUCUGGUGCUGCCUCUGGGCAUCCUGGCGACCCCGUGAUCACCCUGGCCCACACUCCCUCCUGUUUCUGAGUCUCACACUAGCCCUGCCUCUGACCUUCCACUCCUACUCAAUGCACUUUCCUCAAACCUGUUUGGGAUUCACUGACCCUGUGGAGAUCCACAUGACAGAGAGUGGCAGCAAGAAAGGAACCCUGGGAGUUUUCCAGUCUGGUGCUCAAGGAACCGGACUCAUCCACACCUACACCAUGACUGUGCUCUACAUGCUGGAAACAAGUGGGUGAAACCAUCCCAGCUGGAUGGCCAGUGACUUGCCAGGUGAUGCUUCAUGAUGCUUCAGCCACAUCUUGGAGAACAUCUAGCAAAGAAGGGACAUCAUCACUGGUGAAACAGCGUUAGACCUGACACUUUAUCAAACCAGUCCACUUGGUGAUUGUUGGGAGAGAGUGAGGAGGCAUCACCAUGUCCACAUCUGACUCAGCUGUCUGGGUUGGGAGAAGGUCCCCUGCUGCCCAGUGCGGAUGCAUCUGUGAAUGUCCAGCGUCUGCCACACAAGCCCUGCUGGGGCAACUCAGUCUAGGAACCCCCUUCCCAGUGCUCCAGUGGCCACAUUCAGGCUCACCCCAAGUUGUGUUGAGGCAGUUAUGGAGUAUGGAGAUUUCUGAUGUCAACUGAAUAAAUGUUUGGUUUGUUC